GCACUAAAAACCUACCUAACUUUUCUUAAUAUCUGAAAAACCCAAGUCGUUCGUCAAUUAUUCAUUUUUUUCUGAAUGACACAAUCGUUCACGAAAAAUUUAGUUCGUUCACGAAAAUGCUAUUCGUUGACAAAAACGAUUCCCAUCUACCCGCAGGAUGUACGGGCUGAGAAUGAUAGUGAUCUGUUCCCUCCUCACAAAUACUGUGCAUGGAAGAAUCUAUAGGAAAAGUGGUGAUAUAUCAAAAGCAACCUGGGAUCAGGCUGUUUUUAAACAGAGGAUAGACCACAGUAUUAUCACCUGUGCUGGGCACUGUGCUGUCACUCCAACCAACUGCAACUCUUUUCUCUACAACACAACUUCUACCCUCUGCACUCUAGCAAAUUUAACCAUCUUGGAAGAAGUUCUGGAAGAAAAUUCUAGAGUCAUGUUCAUCGAUGAUGCUGCAGCAAACAGUCUGAAUAAAGUGUUGAAAAAGGAAACUGUUCUUCUCAUGGAGAAAGUUGGGAAUUCUGAGUCAUAUCCUUGCGGUUUCCCAAUACCAUCACAUAUUGGUGUCAUGGAUAAUAGUGGGGGUCAACAAGGAGGGGUAGCAGUACUCAAUGGUAUUAUAUUUGUUUACAAUGGAGACAAAAACAAGUUUUACUCGAAUGCUGAUGUGAACUGGGGAGAGAUUAAAACAUUUCUAAUAAAGAGAACAGUUUCUUCUUGGACAGCUAUUGGAGCAUAUAUCAUAGUCGCUGGAGGAUGGGAUCAAAGCAUGGAUCAUAACUAUAAUAUGAUUGAUCGCUUUGAUGGAAAUUCAUGGACAACUCUCAGCAAUAAUCUUACCAGUGCAAGAAGAGGACACAGUGGAAUUAGUAUUAGUGAAACUGAACUGAUAAUGCUUGGUGGAUUUGGGGGAGCUGGAAACUAUCUAAUGAACACUGUUGAGAAUUACAACAUUGAAGGAGAAUUGAUUGAAACAUUGCCAGUUAUGAAUGUUGCAAGAUCUGGUCAUGGAUGUGCUAUUUAUAACGAGGAAAUAUACAUCGCUGGAGGAUGGAGUUUUACUGGCCCAUAUAGCUCUGUUGAGGUGUACAACUUAAACACCAACACAUGGAGGAUGAUCAAUGAUAUGAAUCUUGCACGAAACACUUUUGCAAUGCAAGUACUCAAUAAUAAGCUGACAGUGCUAGGAGGAGGGAGUAUUGAAGUAUAUGAUGGAGAAAACUGGAUUGAAGAUACAACUGCUCUAAAGAACCCGAAUGCCCAAUUUACAUCUGUUGUUAUUCCUUGCAAAUAAGAAUAAUCAAAAUGA